AUGAAGGUUCCAUUCUCCGGCAUUCUACUCGCCGCGUUGGCCGUCACCCCUUCCCUCGGAUCUCUUUUCGAGCACCAGCCAGACAUAGCAGGCCUUGCCCGAGACCCCGACUCUCCAGGCAGGAUCCAGCUCAGCAAUACCGGACAUAAGAUCCAGAGCGUCAACGGAAAGGGCGAAGUCCUGGAUGAGAUCCAGUUGACUGCUGCACAGGAGGCUGAACUCCGCAGCUCGUUCGCCGCACAGCUUGAUCGGGUCAUGGCUGGCGGGGAUUCCCCAGCCGUGUCCAACAAGAGAGCGCGUUCUCCUCUCGACAAGAAAGCUCCCGGAUGUGCGGACUGGGCUAGUCUCUGUGUCGAGCCCGCUGACUGCUACUACUAUAAUUGUGAUGAUUGCUUUCGAAUCAAUCCUAUUGGCGCGUGCUACAGCUACUCUUGA